AGGAAAUGAAGAAGCGGGGCUCUGCGACCUAAGAGGAUGCGGUAGGAGGCGCCAGGGCAGACAGUGCCCCAGAUUACAAUCGGGUCGGGAAAAAACACGUGGAGUGACCAUCCACCGGAGGCGGGGCCGGACAAACGCAGAGGCGCUAGAGGAGUUUAAGUGAACUGAGUCUGAGCCAAUGGAACGUUGGCGAGGGGAGGGAUCAGCGGAAGAGCAGCAUUCUGAUUGGUCGUGUGUGAGGCACGGAGGGCGGGCUGAGCGCGGGCAUGGAGGCUCUGCAGCUGCUGCUGAGUCCUGGAGCAGGGGUCGGCGGAGAAGAUUGUGUAGCGGGGGAGGGGCCCGGCCUUCUGCUGCUAGGGGAGCCGGGCUCCGGGAAGACGGCAUUGCUGUUCGCGGCGGCCCUGGUGGCAGCGGGGGAGGGCCGGGGCCCCGUGCUGUUCGUGGCUCGGAGGGCCCUCCAGAGCCUGCCCCCGGGAUGGAAGGCCGGAGCUGCCAGGGACCCGCUGAGGCUGCAGAAAAUCCACUUCCUGUAUCCUCCCUCCUUGCGUGAGCUGCUGCAGCUCCUGAGUUCCAUGCACGAAACGACAGCCCAGCCUCCCUCCCUCCUGCUCCUGGACGGGCUGCACGAGUACUUGGCAGAGGCCUCUGGACCCCAGGCGUGGGCCCACCUGGCAGCCCUGCUGGUGGACACGGUCGCCUACUUCUCCGGCUGCUUGAGCAGGGACUGCGGGCUCCUGGUCACCAUGCGCAGCCCCACCGAGGCCGAGACGGAGGCAGCUGCCCUCCAGCUGGCAGUGCUCCAGAGAUACUUGCCCAAGUGCCUCUGGCUGGGCCCUGAGCCCCCAGACCUGGCCAAGGCGAGGCCUCGGGACUCCGGACACUGCUUCAGGGCCCGCCUUUCUACCGGGCCAGGCUGCCCCAGGCAGGAAUGGUGCUUGAGCUUUGGACACGACGGCAAGAUGGCCAUUUCCCCCGUGCCUUGCCAGGCAGCUGAGCACCCCUCUCAGAAGCCUGAAACCAGCAGCUCCAGCUGAGAGCUUUGGCCUGGGACAGGGGCAGCCUUUGGGGGCCUUGCCCCCUCCCAGCCCCAUUGCUGUUGUAUCUGAGUGCCACUGUCUGGGCGGGGAAGGCCCCGACAUGGGUCUGGGCCCUCUUGCCACUGUUGCGCUCUCUGCUAUCUCCAAUAAGCUUUCUAGGCCGAGCCCAGGAGUGAGGGGGGCUCCCUGCCCGGUGCUGUGGGCCAGGGCUGUGGAUGGAGCCUGGGCAAUGGAAGGGGUCGGGAAGAAAGGUGGCUAGAGAGCUGACCCCUCUCAUUUACAAUCAAGUCUUCUUUUCACAUUUCUCUUCAGAAGAUAAAACUCACAUGGAAAGAAAAUAAAUUUAUUACAAAAAUAUA